CUGGCUGUCGGUGAGGACGUGGCGUGGCGGAAACCCCGGAGACCGGAGCAUAAAGAGAAGCUCCUCGCGCAAACUCACUGGCUCUACGGCGGCUCCGAUCUUCCACGUGUACCCUGUCAUUGACCAAAACACACCGAUCUCCGUGGCAGCCUGGGAGCGCGCGUGCGGCCGCUGUUGCGCAGUGCAGACCGGGAGGCGGUGCGGGGCAGAGGUGUGCUGGAGAUAUGAACCUGUAAACGGAAAGCUGCUCGAAUUAGGGUUUUUUUACGGUACACACAUCAACUAUGCAGACAGGGAUGUUCAUGGAGUCUCACCUGGGCAGCUCGGUCCAAUGUGUCCUGUUCCUGCUCAUACACUUGUGCCUGGCUGCACCAGGUGUACCUGGGACGCAAAGGGAGGAAUCACUAGAUGCCCAUCCCCCUUCACUAACGCUAGCCAAUCCCUUUGGCUCUGGAGAGGAGAAUCGCAAGUUGCUGCAAAGCUACAUUCAAUCCAGUCUGAAGGAGGACCAAGGAGCACCAGAAAUCAGUACCUGGGAGCAAGAGGUGUUCUUCCUGUUUCGUCUUUUUGACUACGAUCGCAGUGGACUCCUGGAUGGCUUGGAGAUGAUGAAGCUAGUUUCAGACUAUAACUCCCAUCAUACACCUGGAGCACAGGCCAGUGAGCUGGUGGUGUCUAUGGUAGAUUUCUUACUCCAGACUCAGGAUUUAAACCAGGACGGCCUGUUGGCCCCAUCCGAGUUGCUGUCUCCUUCAUUACCUCACACACAGGACUCCAGCAACAACAACGCACCUCACCAGGAGCAGGAUGUGGCAGUGGAGAAGAAGCUGUCAAACCCCAGUACUGAUGAGGAGCAGGCAGGAGCAGCAGAGCAGAGAGAGGAGGCUCCGGAGGAGUUGCAGCCUCAAGAUGAAGAGCAACCUCAACAUGAAGUAAAGGCAGCAGAUGAAGAACUCAUUAAGCCAGUAGACGAACAGCAUGGACAAGAAAUCCCAGAAGCCCCAGCAGCAGAACAGGGGCAGCACCACAAUGCCCCUGUUCAUGUGGGGCAACCAGAGAUAUGAAUGCAUCUGCAUAUACUGGUUCAGUCCACACUAUAAUUCUGUGCUCUCGAGUCAAGCCACUAGAAGAGAUUGAGAUUCUACCAUCCGUUUCAGUUGACAGUUAGACAUUGAUAAAUUAUUGACAAAUAAAAAGAUGAAUCAGUA